UUUUUUAAGCUAACUCUUAAACAUUAGUCUUAUUGUUUUCCCUUCUGAUUACCGACCUCCUCAUGCAUCUUUAUGUGCUCCACACAUGGAGAGUUUUAUUUUAAAAAGUCUCAUUCUUAAUGACUGACUACCUGCUGAUUAGCCUGUGGAGAACAGCGGCUUGUUCCCAUAGAUACAUCCCAACAGAUGAGCUCCCAUGAUGCCCAGCAGGCACCGCUUGGCGUUUUUACCAUCACCUGUGGUGCGCAACACGCAUGCACCGCAGCUGAGGGGGAUUCUGCAAAACUUAAGGGUAGAUAACAUUUCGAACUCUGGAACACAUCAACACUUUCAUGCACGUGCUCACAAUUUUGAUCAGUAACUUUCCUCGUGUGCAGCUUUUUAUCCGGGACGCGCAAACGGAGAUCUGCUUGCCGCGUUUUCUUGCUCCAGUCCACUGAUCCACUCAACUCUGAACAUUUAACAGAGAUGUAGUAGCUCUAAUGACAUUAUAAUGGCCUAUAGGCUGUUGUUUCGCAAUUGGGAUCAAGCUGUUGAGAGCUGAUUAUAGCGAAUAUUUAUCUUUGUUGCGCGCCAGCCUGCCUACUUUUGUUUUACGCACGAAGAUGAGCUCGGAGAAGCCAAACUUUCUGUCGCAGCCCGUGGUGAAGAACGUUUUCAUGUUCCGGAACGGGGACCCCUACUACGAGGCUCGCCGGAUAGUGAUCAAUGAAAAGAGAGUGUGCAACUUUGAGACUUUGCUCAGAGAAGUCACCGGCGGGAUACAAGCGCCGUUCGGAGCGGUGAGAAACAUCUACACGCCGAGAGGAGGACACAGGGUGGACUGCUUGGAGAGCCUGCAGAGCGGGGAGCAGUACGUGGCUGCUGGGAGGGAAAGAUUCAAAAAGCUGGAUUAUCUACAGAUUGGCUCCAAAAAGAAAAGGAUGUUGCAGACUCUUCCAAUGCAGGCCAAACCGCUGCCACAGAACAGAAUCAUUGUGUCGGCUCGAUUUCUGAAACCCAUCAAGGAGCCGUGCACAGUUUUCGUGGUGGCUAAUGGGGACGUUCUGAACCCUGCAAUGAGGCUGCUGAUCCACCAGAGGAUGCUGGGACAGUUUGACAAAAUACUUGAAAUGAUCACAGAGAAGAUGGGCCUGAGAGUACUGGGGGGUGUGCGAAGUCUCUACACCUACGAAGGCCAACAGGUGAGCAAUGGGAAUCAGCUGGAGAGCGGUCAGCUUUAUGUGGCUGUGGGCAGAGAAAGGUUUAAGAAGCUUCCCUACAGUGAUUUACUCUUCACUAAACCCAGAGGAACGAGGAGGGUCAAAGGAAUGAAAGCUUACUCUCUACCACCCAUCUACAGAUUCUCCAAGCAAAGUGUAAAUAAUAAGUCUUUGGUUCGGUGCAGUGACAGCGGAGAUGGAGAGUCCAAAGCUUCUCCUCCAAACCACAAUGGCACCAGUAAGGAGCAUCUGUCCUCCAUCGUCAGAGAGAUCUCUCAGGCCAGACUGCUGUCGAUGAGGAAGAGGAGGAGCAGACAGAGCCUCAGUCUCGACGCAGCUGAAAAUGACCGGAGCCAUUCAGAUCUACACCUUUAUAAUGAAGAUUCUGGAUGGUUAAAUUUCAAGCAACUGUGGAAAAAAAAAGAUGAUGUGGAAUCAAAGGCUGAUGAAGGAAACGCUAAAGGCAAACCUCCCCAAGACCAGCCAGACAAAGCGAAACUUAAUACCGAUGAUGCAAAGGAGGAGAACGGGGAAAAGGUGGAAGAAAAGGAGGAGGCUGCUUCUGAAAACACCAAAGAGGAAGAUGCUUCCACCAACAAAGAGGACAAGAAGGAAGAGCAGGAGACAAACGGUGAAAAAGAGGGAGGAGAUGAGAAGAAGGAAACUGAUGAGCAAAAUGACGGAGAAGCAACAGUAGCAGAUGAGCAGAAAGUGGAGGAGGUGAAUGAAGAAGUGAAAGAGGAGGUCAGAGAUGAGAGUAAGGAGGAGGUUAAGAGUGAGGAGCAGGGAUCUGACAGUGAUAAGACUCAGGACAGUAAAGAGAAACAGGAGGAAAACCAUACAUCUUCUGAGGAUGAAAAGGAGCAAGACAAAGAUAUAGAAGAGGAGAAGGAAGAUAAAGACGGUGGUGGUGGUGGUGGUGGUGAGGGGGAGAAGAGCAGGAAGGACAGCGCUAAUGAUGUAGACACAGGGGAGGAAGUGAAGGAGUCGGAAAACAGCAGUGACCCAGAGAAGACUGAGCCAGAUAGCGAGACAAAAGAGGACGAUAACAGCAGGAGCAGCAGUAGCAACAGUAACCAAGAAGAAGAUGUGAGCAAAAUAAAAGACGAGCAACCAGAAGAGAGGAAGGUGAACGGAGAGGUCAGUGGAGAAGACAACGGGGUGGAAAGUGAAGCGGAGCUAGAUGUGAAGGAGAAGAAUUCAUCUACUACCAAAGAUGCCACAGAAAAUGGAGAGAAAGAGGAAGAUAAAGAGAGUCGAGACGAAAGCUGAAAAGCGAAGAAUUAGGAAAGAAAAAAUGUCAGAGUCAUUGGAUGCUGGAAAUAGAAAACAAUACAAACCCUUAAAAUAAUGAAGGUGGCAGAGGAGAUUCACAGAAAGCAAAGCAGGGCUCCACUGCAAUGAGACAUAUUUUACUAGAUGGUUUUGUAGAAGCUGCACUGAAAAGAAAAGAAUGCUGAGCUAAAUAAAAAAAAUAAAAAUCUUUGGCUGGCUGGCUUUGAAAAAAUUGCAAGUAUGAUAUCAAGUAUGUAUUCAUCAUAACAUUAUUCAUAACUAUCAUGUGUAAAACUGGCUAAAUAAAUUAAAGCUUAUCGUAAUAUGUUUAUAAUUUGAAUUAAGACAUGCUGUCAUGCUGUUUUCUUUUCUGUCUCACAUUUGAAUUACAAACUGUUUAUUUCCAACAGGUACAAUUCUGGGAGCAUCUUGUUUUUAUAUAUAAUUUUGUAUGCACGGUAUGUUUGAAUAUUUUCCAAAGCAACUGUCACAAUUGAACUUUUUUAGCUAGUAUAAUAAGCUGUGAUGAAAUGUAAAAUGUGUAAUACUGUAUGUGUCCGAAAGAUAAGUUAAGUUACAUAAAGAAUACUGUUUCCCAUCAUAAUCAUUUAUUUAAGUAGUCACUAUAUCUAAUGCAUAUUUGUUUAUUUGUAUCUACCUGCAACUAAAAAUAAUAAAUCUAAAAUGACUGUUUGGAUGAUAAA